AUGGCUUAUUCUAAGAUUGCUCUUCUCCUCCUCUUCAAUGUCAUCUUCUUCACUUUAGNNAGCUCGUACUCGGUCCCUUCUCCACCNCCANCGUACAAGAAGCCCUCACCAUCAUCUCNUUAUCACAAACUGACUUGUAAAGACGCUUUNAAACUCAGUGUAUGUGCCAAUGUGUUGGAUUUGGUUAAGGUUUCUCUACCACAAAGGUCCAGAUGUUGCGCCNUUAUCAACGGCCUANUUGAUCUCGAGGCCGCGGUCUGUCUUUGCACCGCCUUGAAGGCUAAUGUCCUUGGCAUUGAGCUUAAUGUUCCCAUUUCAUUGAGUGUUGUUCUAAACCAUUGUGGUAAGAAGGUUCCAUAUGGUUUCCAAUGUGCCUAG